CAAGCGCUGUCAUUUGCGGUGACUUGAAAAGUCGAAUCCCUCUCACUUUUAAAAUGCGGCUAUCACUUCUGCCUUACAUCUUCAUACUUUAUUCAUUCCAAGGCAUUUUAUACGGCCUUCAAGUCAAGUUUUUACCGGUCAUUCUGCGUACCAGGGGUCGUUCGUUGAUAUUCAUCGGAUCUUUAAACCUACUAAGUCUGCCAUGGAUGAUCAAUGCAGUUUGGGCACCGUUCAUUGACUUGUACUUGACAACAUCAACUUGGCUUAGAAUCACUAUCACUGGGAUAAGUACAUCAUUGAUAUUACUGCAUCUGACACAAUACAAUCAGCUCCUAUUCGCUAUUGUAUUGCUGAUACUAAAUGUAUUUUCAUCGUGUCAAGAAUUAGUUAUCGGUAAAAUUUCGAUAUGCAAACUUAAUAACCAUCAAGUUAAGAAGGUGAGCUCUAUUAAAGUGCUAGCUUACAAGACUGGAAUUACAAUUGGAGGCGGUGGAACACUGUGGAUCGCAUCACAUCUUUCAAUAACCUAUCAAGUAUUUUUAUUUGYGGCUGUCAUUUUUAUUUCUUUAUUUCUAUUAUUCGAUGAGAACAGUUCGCGUCAACUGAGAGUUUCUCGAGAUCACCACAACGUCAAACGGGAAGUAAACGUUAGACGACGGAACCCAAUCCUCCAUAAAAUUUAUCACAGCAUUUCACGUGGUUCCAAGUGGUUGAUCGCGUGUUUGCUUGUCUACAAGUACUCAUCUCAUAGUUGUCAAAUGUUGUUUACCAUGGCAUUAGUUGAUCAAGGUAUAGGAGCGGAUUUUAUUGGGUUAAUGUCGGGUGUCGUGGGACAAAUGGUGUCACUGAGUGUUGCUUUGAUAGUUGGCAUCAUUCUCAGCAAAAACAGGUUCUCCCCGAUACAAAUAUUGUAUGCCACCGCUAUACUCGAUAUAUUGAGUGCUGUCGGACAAAUGUGGUUCGUGUUUGGUCAAGAAAAGACAUCCGAGCCUUCAUUUGUUUUGCUGUUAUUCAUUGUUCAGAACGUUGUGCUUGGUGCGCAAACAACACCGGUGUAUUCCCUCAUCAUAACCUAUGUACACAAACACCAGCAACCACUCCAAGCAACACAGUACUCUAUCUACACUACUAUAGAGACUAUAGGAAGCAAAUUUAGCCUGUUUUUAACCGGUUUGUUGACUGAGUACUUAGGCUAUACAAUAACCUAUGUCAUCUCAUUGAUGGUAGCAGUUCUAUUUGUUGCUAUCAUCUUUUGUCAACCAUCUGACCAAAGAACAAAAGACAAAUGAACCAAAUAAUGUGUAGCAUCGCUCUCUAUUUUGAAACUUCCGAAAGGAUAAAUGCUUAAACAAUCUAAAGAAUUACUAAAAAGGAAGUGUAUUUUCACUUUAACUUUCUUUCUUUUUCUUUGCUCGAAGUUUUUCUUUUUUCUUGCUUAACUUUUCAGCGGCUUUUUUCAAUUUGUCGGCAAAUUGUCUGUGCUGAGCGGGCAGCUCGUAGAACGAGAAGGUGAAGGCACUCGAUACUGGAAGCCUAUAAAUCUGAAACCAAAAUAAGAUACGUUAACAGAAGUUUAUUUUAUGAACGCAAAAUAAACAUACAAUACGAAGAAAAGGGUAUUUUACGCUGUUCGUGUAUUCAAUUCCCAAGUGGUUUGUUUCCAUAAAUGUCAUAGAUUCUGUAAAAGACGCCCAAGCAAAUAGCCACCUUCUUGGUCAAGAUUAUCAACACAGGAAGACCAAAAAAGACGAAAAAGUCCGUUUCUCCUUAAGUAGUCUUAGAAGGAAACUAAAAGCACAAGGACCCCGCACUAAUGGCAACAAUUCAUUAUAAUUUUUUUAAUUUUUGAUGAUAAAGUUAAAGAAUGAAAACCAACAACAAACCUCAUUAAAAUUCCAGUUUGUAAA